GAUACAAGUAGAGAAUACUGAUCAGGUCACAUCACCAAACAACUUCUAUUGUGAGUCAAGAAACAAAUAUGCUAACCAUAAGCAUAUUCGAUGAAAUAGAGAGAUCGUUUCAACAGCUCUAUGACAGAUUAGAAACGUUAGAAAACGCCAUUACUUUUGCAAACCUAGGAAAAAUGCACCCUAGUAUAGUCGAUCCAAUAUACAUCAAUACAAACCUAGCUUUCACUCCUAUUAUAAAAAAUGUUCACGAUUUAGAAAAAGCUAUUACUGUCAAAGCAUAUGGUACUAACGAGUCUCUGAACAGCAUACUGGAGGUGCCUCUAGUUGCUAAACAACCCUAUAACCUCCUACACCUCUAUUCCAUUCCAAAUGACAAUAACAUAAUCCUAAUACCUAAAAAUCCUAUCAUAAGCCUGGGAAAUGACGAGUUUGCGUACCCCCACGAGCCCUGCAGCCAAAUUAAAGAAGACGUCGUAAUCUGCAAACACCUGCAAUGACAGCACUUGAAAAAUUCUACUGAC